UGCCUCGAGCUUCAUCGUGGAAACCCUGAAUCUUGACCACCGUUCGAUUACCAUCUAAAAAUCUCAUGGCAAUCGCUCCCGAAAUCACCGCCUUCCGAUGGGUUGACCAACCGAAGCUCCACGUGAGGCUACUCUUCCCAUCUCCAUCAUCUUCAUUACCGUCCGAUUAUUCUCUCUCUCUCUCUCUCUCUCUCGAACCCUAACUAGCUUUCGAAACUCCAUAGGCUCGCCUUCCUAUCUCGUUGCAGCUUUAAUUGCAAGAUGCUAUAGACACCUUUUAUGUUGGGACAUUGAACAUCUAUCAACGGUAUCUGUCAAAACCUUAGUGGUUGUGGAAUGGAUUCAGAAUCUGCCGAUUCAUCAGCUUCACCUCCUCUUAAAGCUCCUGACCCACCACCCCCAGCUUCUAUACAAACUCCAGCUGCUGCUGAUUCUGGACUAGAUAAUUCGCCCCGUGUUGUACCAUCUAAAUUGUCUCCUUCUGCAAUAUCUGCAUGGGCCAAAAGUUUGAAAAUUCCUCAGCCAUUGGCUGCCACACAAGUUGAGUCUCCAACUGGAAAUGCUGGAAAGUCAACAUUUGCACGUUUUACCAGUGGAUUAGGAUUGCGCUUGUCUCCAAAAGCCCCUUCUUCAGACCAUAGUUCUGACGGAACUUCAAUGACUGCACAACCUGGUUUUAUUGGAACUGUUACAAAAGGAUUAGUAGAUUCUUCUAAGAAUGCAGUAAAGGCUGUACAGGUGAAGGCUCGGCAUGUUGUCUCUCAAAAUAAACGAAGAUACCAGGAAGGAGGAUUUGAUCUGGAUAUGACUUAUAUCACUGAGAAUAUAAUUGCAAUGGGGUUCCCUGCUGGUGAUAUGAGCUCUGGAUUUUUCGGUUAUGUUGAGGGGUUCUACCGAAACCACAUGGAAGAAGUAAUCAAAUUCUUUGAAACUCAUCACAAGGACAAGUACAAAGUGUACAAUCUUUGUUCUGAGAGGCUGUAUGAUGCGUCCUUAUUUGAAGGAAAGGUGGCUUGUUUCCCGUUUAAUGACCAUAAUUGCCCCCCAAUUCAACUGAUAAUAUCAUUUUGCCAAAGUGCUUACUCAUGGUUGAAGGAGGAUAUCGAGAAUGUUGUGGUUGUGCAUUGCAAGGCUGGAAUGGCAAGAACAGGGUUGAUGAUUUCCAGUCUUCUUCUAUUCUUGAAGUUCUUCCCAACUGCUGAGGAGUCAAUUGACUACUACAAUCAGAAAAGAUGUUUCGAUGGAAAAGGGCUUGUUCUGCCAAGUCAGAUUAGGUACGUCAAGUAUUUUGAGCGUAUUUUAACAUACUUCAAUGGUGAAACCCCUCCUGGGCGUAGGUGCAUGCUUAGGGGAUUUCGAAUUCACAGAUGUCCCUAUUGGAUCAGGCCCUCCAUUACUGUUUCUGAUCAUAAUGGUGUUCUCUUUUCCUCAAAAAGUCAUCCACGAACCAAGGAUCUUUCGCCAGAAGAUUUUUGGUUUAAUGCACCCAAGAAGGGGGUAAUGGUCUUCACUUUGCCAGGGGAGCCUGGCCUUACAGAGCUGGCUGGGGACUUCAAAGUCCAUUUUCACGACCGCCAAGGCGAUUUCUACUUUUGGUUAAACACAACAAUGACAGAAAAUAGAAAAGUUUUAAACACAAAUGAUCUCGACGGGUUUGACAAGAGGAAACUUCCUUCCCCCGGAUUUCAGGUUGAGGUUGUGCUUGUAGAUUAUAACGGCACUGUCCCUACAACACCUAACACUGAAACUAUUGCUAAGAAAACGGAUGAAAGCUCGGGCACUACUACUGCAUCAGUUGAUAAGGGUGCACCCAGACCAAACCAAAAGAAAGAUAAAGAUGAUGUCUUUUCAGAUAGUGAGGCAGAGGAAACUGGUUCCUCGAAGAGCAGGCAAGCAGAAGCUGCUUCUGCAGAAGGAGGAACUGUCACCAAUACCAUCUCCAGUUCUGAGACGAAGACAAAUUCAGAUCAAAUUGCAAGUGUGAGUCAUGCAACCGAACAUAUAUCUCUGGGGAACACUGCUGGCUCCACACAGAUGCAUGUUGAUGGGCAGAGUAAGAGUGAUGCUGUCGCCGGAGCUGUCUCAGUCCUUGAGGUGCCCAACACAGAAAGUGAAUUCAAGGCAAUGGCAGCUGAUGCUUCUGUUUUCACAUUUGGAGAUGAUGAGGACUACGAAAGUGAGUAAACCACAGGUAUACAUUGUUGCCUCGGACUCAAAUGAUCUGUACAUAACAUGGCUUGUAAAUGCACCAAUUGCUUAUUACGAGGUCGUGUUCAAUCCCUUAGUUUCCUUGGUAAUGUGAUACGUCUGGUUCUGGUGUUUUGUGUUGUCAUGUAAAAAAUUGGCUAGACAUGAGAAGUGUUUUUAUAUCAUGGGACUCAAAAUAGUGAAUUUGUUUUAUUACUUUCCGAUGAACAACAAAAACUGUAACAUGUUAAUAACACAGCAAAAUUAUAU